AAAUUGUCAGUUUGCGACAGUUUCCACCGUUAUACGGUAACGUAAAGCGUUGCAGGAGAAGUAAACAUGUGGAGAGUUAAGUAGCCCAAAAAAUCCCACCAGAUGGAGAACUACUGUAAGGCUCGGACGGUGGAGCAGCCAUCUGUCUGUCCGUUCCCCGGCCUUCAACCUGACACCCCAGAGGUCAGAGUCAAAGAUGGCAGCAAGAUCCGCAACCUGUUGCGUUACGCCCUGAGCCGCGUGGAGGCCAAACCCAGAGCAGCUGAGGACCAGGGACGCACCGCACUUGAGGAAGGAGGCGUGGCUGUGGAAGGACAAGUGGAAGCGCCAGGCCGGCCGCUCUGCAAACAGAUCGUCUUCACAGCGACGGGUAAGGGCGUUUCUAAAGCCAUCACGUGCGCUGAGAUUGUGAAGCGGCGUGUGAAGGGGCUCCACCAGCUCACCAAGGUGAUGUUCAGCACCGUGGUGGAGGUGUGGGAGCCGCUGGAGCCCGCCGCCGGCCUCGACAGCCUGACGGUCAACAGGAACGUGCCCGCCAUCUGGAUCCUCCUCUCCACGGAGCCACUGGACUGCAGUCAGCCCGGAUACCAAGCGCCGGGCCGCUACGACACCCUGUGGGCUAACAGGGAGGAGGGUGGAGGAUCCACCGCACAGAGACCAGGACACAAGAGGAAGAAGGGAGGAGGAGGAGGCGGCGGCGGUGGGGGCAGAGGGAGGGGUCCCGGCCGUCAGACUGGACGAUCCAGAGAGCCUGCUAAAGGACAGAGUUGAUCUAGCUUUUACAAACUGCAUGGACGUGAGGAAGACAAACACAGUGAAGGAGCAUGAAGCGGACACUCAGUGGACACUCAAAGCUGUUUUCUAGCACAAUAACUACAGCUUAAAAUAUCUUUACAAUCAUGCUCAUAAUUUUCCAAAUCAUCCAUCAGGGCUCAGAUUGAUUUUCUUCCAUCAGUGCACCUUUACUGCAGUUUCAGAUCGUCUCUGUAAAUAUAAACCUUUCAAAGUUGAUGCGUUGUCAACAUUUCUUUUUAUUGUCAAUAAUAACUUUAUGGAAAUUAGUUGAUGCACUUAUGAGCAGGAAAUGUUAUGAAACAUCCCUGUUAGUGCUUUUGUGAGAUAUUUAGAAAUUGACUUCCUGUCCACCUGUCAGAGUGAACCGCAAAUUGCUCCAAAGGUCAGACCAGCACCUUGCAUAUUACUGCCAUCGGUGUGUAUCUGAUGGCAAAAUGUAAAGCUCUUUGGAUUAUAGCAAUAUAUAAAUGCAGGGUUUUAGCUGUCUGCUCAAACUGAUGAUAUGAUUUGGACAUGAUUUGAUUGAUUUGAUUUGUAGGUAAUUGGCUUAAACAUGACCAACCAAAAGUAAUGUUGUUUAAAAAGAAAUUCAUGACGGCUGUUCACCAACCCUGUUUUUCAUUUUAACUGUGUUUUUUUGGUUUGGAUGAAACUUGCCGGAACAUAUUUUGAGUCUACGAAGACAUUUGACUUCUUCUGAAAUGUGGAUCUUGAGUUUAAACAGGUUUUUAGUGUGUGUGCGUGCGCCUGAUAUCUGUUGUGUUUUUCAAGUUAAUUAAAGAGCAUUUUAUUUGAUUCACGCUGAA